AUGGCCUCCUCCGGUGUCUCAGUCUCCCCGGACUGCGUCAGCAAGUUCAACGAGCUCAAGCUGGGCAAGGAGAUCAAGUGGAUCGUCUACCAGAUCGCGGACAACGGAAAGGAGAUUGUCAUCGAGAAAACCGAGCCCAAGUCUGAGGAGAGCGAAGAGGCGCAGUGGAACGCCUUCCGCGAGUACCUGAUCAACUCCAAGACCAAGAACAAGGCGGGCAAGGAGGGCCCCGGCGCGCGGUACGCCGUCUACGAUGUCAUGUACGACGCGGCCGCCGGCUCCUACGGCGAGGGUCUGAGGAACAAGAUCACCUUCCUCUCCUGGAUUCCCGACAACCUUGCUCCCUGGCCCAAGAUGGUUUACUCUUCCUCCAAGGAUGCUAUCAAGCGCGCACUUACUGGAAUCGCCAUCGAUAUCCAGGCCAACGACGAGGCUGACAUCGAGUACGAGUCCAUCAUCGAGAAGGUUUCCAAGGGCCGCUUCUAA